AUGGCCAGAGGAAGCCUGCAUGUGCACGGAGACAAACCUCACUUUUGUUCUGAAUAUGGCAAUCAGUUAUAUCACAAGAGUGCUCUUCAGCACAACAAAAGAAUUCACAUUGGAGAGAAACCAUAUUGCUGUUUGGAAUGUGGCAAAGAGUUUUCAAGAAGAAGCAACCUUCACAGCCACAAAAGAAUCCACACUGGAGAGAAGCCGUAUUGCUGUACAGAGUGUGGCAGAAAGUUCCGUCUCAGUAGUUACCUUCUGAUCCACAAAAGAAUUCACACAGGAGAAAAGCCGUAUUGCUGUACAGAAUGUGGCAAAGAAUUCAGUCACAAGAAUGGAUCCACAAAAGAAAUUCACACAGGAGAAAAGCCAUAUUGCUGUACAGAAUGUGGCAAAGAAUUCCGUCACAAAAAUGGUCUUUGGAGCCACAAAAGAAUUCACACUGGAGAAAAGCCUUUUUGCUGUUUGGAAUGUGGCAAAAAGUUUUUAUCAAGAAGCCGCCUUCAGACCCACAAAAGAAUUCACACAGGAGAGAAGCCAUUUUCCUGUUUGGAAUGUGGCAAAAAGUUUUCAUCAAAAAGCCUUCUUCAGACCCACAAAAGAAUUCACACAGGAGAGAAGCCGUUUUCCUGUCUGGAAUGUGGCAAAAAGUUUUCAUCAAAAAGCCGUCUUCAGACUCACAAAAGAAUUCACACAGGAGAGAAGCCAUAUUGCUGCACAGAGUGUGGCAAACUGUUCCGUAUAUGGAAUUAUCUUCUUAACCACAAAAGAAUUCACACUGGAGAGAAGCCUUUUUGUUGCUUGGAAUGUGGCAAACAGUUUGGUUCCAGGAUAUCUCUUCAGACCCACAAAAGAAUUCACACGGGGGAAAAGCCUUAUUGCUGUACAGAGUGUGGCGAACAUUUCCGUAACAGCAGUCAUCUUCUGAGCCACAAAAGAACUCACACUGGAGAGAAGCCUUUUUGCUGUUUGGAAUGUGGCAAACAAUUAGGUUCCAGAAUAUCUCUUCAGAACCACAAAAGAAUUCACACGGGAGAAAAGCCUUAUUGCUGUACAGAGUGUGGCAAAGAAUUCCGUCACAGUAGUGGUCUAUGGAACCACAAGAGAAUUCACACAGGAGAGAAGCCAUUUUCCUGUACAGAGUGUGGCAAACAAUUCCGUGGCAGGGAUUAUCUUCUGAAACACAAAAUAAUUCACACAGGGGAGAAGUCAUAUUGCUGCGCAGAGUGUGGCAAACAAUUCCGUAGAAAGAGUCAUCUUCUGAGCCACAAAAGAAUUCACACCGGAGAGAAGCCUUUUUGCUGUUUGGAAUGUGGCAAACAAUUGGGUUCCAGGAUGUCUCUUGAGAGCCAUGAAAGAAUUCAUACAGGAGAGAAGCCAUAUUGCUGUAUGGAGUGUGGUAAAGAAUUCCGACAUAGGAGUGGUCUUGAGAGGCACAAAGGAAUUCACAGCGGAGAGAAGCCGUUUUCCUGUACAGAGUGUGGCAAACAGUUCCAUGACAGGUAUCGUCUUCUGAGACACAAAAUAAUUCACACAAGCGAGAAGUCAUAUUGCUGCACAGAGUGCGGCAAAGAAUUCCGUAACAGGAGUCAUCUUCUGAGCCACAAAAGAAUUCAUACCGGAGAGAAGCCUUUUUGCUGUUUAGAAUGUGGCAAACAAUUAGGUUCCAGGAUAUCUCUUGAGAGCCAUGAAAGAAUUCACACAGGAGAGAAGCCAUAUUGCUGUACAGAGUGUGGCAAAGAAUUCCGUCACAAGAGUGGUCUUCGGAGCCACCAAAGAAUUCACACUGGAGAGAAGCCUUUUUGCUGUUUGGAAUGUGGCAAACAAUUAGGUUCCAGGAGAUCUCUUCAGAGCCACAAACGAAUUCACACAGGAGAGAAACCAUAUUGUUGCACAGAGUGUGGCAAACACUUCCGUGACAAGGGUAGUUUUCAGAUCCACACUAGAAUCCACUCUGGAGAAAACCUGUCCUGAUUGGAAUGUGGCAAACAAAUGUCUGUCACAAGAGGAGUCUUCAGUGCCACACUAGAAUUCACACAGGAUAGAAGCCAUAUUA